AUGGACAUAGACGAAGAAGUCGAUAUCUGGUAUCAAGUUGAAGGUCGUGCAUCGGCGUUAAUAGAAGGAUUCACUGGGCAAUUCGUCAAUGCACUGUUAGAAGAAAUCGUUGUAAAAGAAAAGUUGCAGGUCGCCGCAUCAACGUUGCAGCCUUUUGUCAAGAAGCAAAAUUCCGACGAGAAGAAAUCGUUGCGUGAGCUGGAAGACGAACUUUGUCGCAGCCAAACGUUGAAUUUCAAAGAUCUCGUCACAAAACAUGACAUUUGGAGAAGGAAUCCCAUCAUCAUUCGGCUGCCAGCUGGCACUUCUGCCACUCCUAUAAAAAUGAAGAUCGAAGAUGCUUUUCCCAACGGAUUGCCAUACAAAGGUCCAAGUUCUUUGCUUUAUACUGUCGGUUUGAACUGGAAAUAUCAACUACAUCCGGAUUUGAAACGACUAUUGCGACGUCACCUUAAAGCACAUUAUGAACAUUACAAUCAAAAGCAGUUUGACAAAACGAAUAUCCCACUCUUUCUAUUCCUCUCUGGAGCUGGCACUGGAAAGUCUCGCAAUGGCUCCGAAUUUCACCAGACAGCACUCUCAUGCUUACAAGAAGAGGACUAUGAGUUGAGAGAAAGAAUAAACAAGGCCUGGGUAUUCCAUGUUAGCUUUGAGAAUGGCACCAGCAUAUUGCCAAAUGAUGAGAGCAGUGCAUACCGAGCUGUUGGCAAUCGGAUGCUCUUACAACUUCUUGCAAAUGACACAAGUGACAUGCAGCUAGCUGACAUCAUUGAUAAUUAUGAGCAGCCAGAUCCAUGGCAAGUUUUAAGACUGGUUGCCAAGUUCAAAAGCAUGUCCUUGAAGGAGGAAGCUACAGUCAUCUUGGUUGUUGAUGGAUUGCAGACUGUUAUGAAAACACCUGCAGAUGGGCAUGAAGCAGGCUCUGACUUUUACCAAACUUUGACAAAUAUUGCAGAUCUUGCAUUAAAAGGUGCAUUUCUAAUCCCCUGCUGCACUGCAACAGUUACCAACCCUGUAGAUGAUGCUUUGAAAUAUACACAUUGGAAUCAUGUUGUCCUACCAAUGGCUACUCUGGAAUCACCAGAAAUCUAUCAGAAUGGCAUCUGGAAAAAGGUUUUUGAUGAAGAUGACCACUUAAUCAAAAUUCUUGUGAGUGACUGUGGAGGUCAUGGAAGGGCUCUCGAAUCUCUUCAAGAGGUUCUGCAGGAAAAUGAUAUCAAGAGUGCCAAUGUUGAUUUGUUGAUGAACAAUCUAUAUGAAAAGCUUCAUAACCGGUACUCAGAGGCAGUCAAGAUUUCCACCCGUGAAGCACAGGCAAUUGCACGUGCAGCAUUGACCCACACUAAAUUGGAGUUCAACGAAAUUGUCCCUGGCACUGAUAGAUUACCCUACAAACUUGCUAUUCCUGGGUUGGUUCGAUAUUAUCAGCCAGGCAGUGGCACAAGUGGAUACUUUGAUUUGCCAUACAUAUGGAUAUGGAUAAUGUCAUAUAAACCAAAUGAAGAUAGAGAUAUGCUUCUUACAAAUUGGCAUUUCUGUGACUAUGGGGAGCACCAGUCAAAGAUGGAUUCAAGAUAUCCACCUGGUUCUCAAUUCUGGCAACACUUUGAACAUUUUGCUGCAACUUUUCGUUGCUUGAAGUCCAAGGUGCUAGAUGAGGGUGGAUUGACAAAUAUCUCAACAGUUCAUGCUGGAGCGCGAUUGAAUGGUGAUGCCCAAUUUAUAAACCAUCAUCUAGAGCUAGAGGUCUCCUCUUACCAACAAGAUACAAAAUCAGCAAGCUAUCCUUCUAAUAUGCCAUGGAAUAUUGCUUGUGAAUAUGAAACAGUUGAUAUCAGCCAGGGGAGGCACUGUAUUCUCAAUGGAACAUCAGCACCAAAUGGUGACUCAUUUCUCUGUUUGGACUCAACACCAGCCAUGAAUGAAGUCCACCAAUGCAAACUGCUAAAAUCAACAUCAAUUACAGAAGCUGACUACUUAACUGAACGAGCAAAAUCGGCAUCAGCCAAUGACUUCUUUAUACUCUACACAACCAAAAGAAAUGUUGAUGUCAACCUUCCAAAUCUCUCUGCAAUUGUGGAUGGAUCAAAUUGGAAGGAUUACUUUGGCCCAUUUGCUGGCAGAGCAUUUAUUUUUGCUAAUGAAGGUGUUCUCAACAUCAACAAUUGCAGUCGUACAGACCUCAUUCGAAUGCGGAAUAUUGGUGAAGGAAAGGCUGAUACAAUCCUCAAAGAAAGGAGUAAGAGGAAGUUUGAUAGUGUUGAAGAUGCAAGAUCGAGAACCACAGGCAUAGGCAUGAAUACAUUCAAGCAGUUCCGUUACUGUUAA